AUGGCGAAUGCCGGAGGACUGACGACCAGUGUCCCGACAGGGCUCCAGGGAUUGAUCAAGGUCACUGAAUGGGGAGGGGAAGAAGGGACAGAGUGGCAUACUGGAUCUGUCGACGACAUCAUCGACGUGACCGUUCAUUUCGGAGAUGAAAAUAUCACUAGGAUGGACGUAACAUACGAACUUGAUGGAGAGAUUGAAACCAAGAGCUACGGAGUGACGGGACUUGAAUCUGAGAGAAUUAGUUUUGAGAAAGGCGAAUACAUCAAAUCUUUAUCGGGACGUUUUGAGGAAAUGAACGGAGUCGUCGUGAUAAGAAAACUUACGGCUGACAAAGAUGACGGCGAUUCGAAGGAUUUCGGCAAGGACAGUGGUACUCCUUUCUCCCUUUCUCUCGAGAAGGGUAAGGUGAGCGGCUUCCAUGGACGUGCUGAUGCAACCAAAGGUGCAAUUACUGCACUUGGGGUCUACUUGCGGGCUGAUUAG